AUGUUACUUCAGAACUUACGAAAGUUAGGUGUCACGAACAUUAUCUUGCGACAGUUCCAUACUUCGAUAAGACAAGUUCUUGAGAGUAAAGAGCCGUUCAUCGUCAAUUUUCACGCUAGUUGGUGUGGACCAUGUAGAAUUCUAGAACCACGACUAGAAAAGCUAAUUGCUGAAUAUAACAAAGAUGUAAAAACAUCUUCUGGUGAUCAACAUAUUACAUUGGCAAAAGUCGACGUUGAUAAGAUGAAUGAAUUGAGUAUUCAAUACAACGUUACAGCGGUGCCAACAGUAGUGGCUAUUAAAAAUGGUAAAGAGAUCAAUCGCUUCACUGGACUUAUCGAUGAGGAUAGAAUUCAAACGAUCUUCGAUCAACUUAAUCGAUAA